AUGAGAUGUGACCUCAUGAUGGGUCGGUGGGAAUGGCUCGUGAUCGUGCAUUCAAUCAAUUUCCCUUGGAAACGUUGGAAACGAUGGUCAAGGUUUGCCGUAAAUAAACAGAUGAGUUCGAUUCAAGCAUCCGAACAAGAAUACGGUUCAGAUACCCGCCACUUAGGAUUUUUGCUUUUUCUAUCCCGGAGGGCGGGUCUCGUGACAACGCCUUCCUCUGCGGUCUCUAUUCGUAGGAAUAGAAUCGUCCAAGUAAUUGCGUCUAUCACUGAAGGCAGCCAAGAGUCACUCAGGGCUAUUGUACUUGUACUACUCAGCUGUUAUAGUCCAUUAGAGUGUUUGAAAUCCCUGAAUCCUGACUCUGUACGGAGCAGUAGGCUUGAGUUAUAG